GUAUCAGUCGUGGGCAAUUGUAGAAGACGCCCUGACUGUGCGAUAGGACACAUUUGCUUAGGCUUCUUCUUCAGCCGGAAAUUGUGGUCGCCACCGACUUGCGCUUUCUCACACCAGCAAACAUGGCGCUUCCAGGCUCCACAAUGAACCUUACAACCCGCUGCUCUACUACACCGCGGUCGGCUGUGGUUGCGCGCGCGGUGGCUGCGCCCACGCGACCCACCACCAAGUCUGCGGUGCCAGAGCUGCUGGAUAGCCGGCCAGGCGAGCGCAAUCUCAACUUCAUGGAGUAUGCUCAGGCGACUCAGAUGCUGGACCGGCUCAAGGGCCAGGCCUCUGACCUGGAAUUGCUGCUGGACCAGCUCAACGCGCUGGAGGCCAGCCUCGACGAGAGCGUUCUGGCGCCGCCCACGGUGGACGACCCCAAGGAGCGGGCUGCGCGACAAGCACGGCGCGCUGCCAAGCGUGCAGAGCGUAGGGCCCAGGCGACAUCCGCAACAGUCGCGGCCGCGGCUGGGCCGGCAAUGUCAGCAGUGGUCUCGCAUUCCACGCCGACGAAGGCUGCUGCUGCGCCGGCCACGUCAACAGCGAGCAGCAGCUCCAGCGAUAGUGGUUUGCUAGACCUGGUGAGCUUUGUUGGCGGCUUUGACACGCGGCCGAUCCCGGCAACGACGUCUGCACCCCCUGCUGGCGCCAGCAGCUCCGACGUGCAGCACCUGGAGGACCUCUUCAAACUCAGCGUCGGCGAGCCCGACAUCCCCCGGGCCUCCGCUUCAGCAGCGCCUGCGGUGCUGCGGCCACGCAAGCUCACACCAAAGAAGCCCUCUGCGGCACCCUCCGCGGCGGUGACGGCAGCACCCUCGCCGGCACCCACGCUCCCCAGCACGCCCAGCACCAGCGCGCGCAUUGCGCCCGCGCCCGGCUCCCUCGCGGAUGAGCUGGAGCGGUUACUGGGGCCCACCACGUCACGGGAGGCGGCUGAGUCUGAGGACGAGGACAGCUUCGCGGGGCCGUCUGAGGACGACCUGCUGGCGCUGGAGCAGGAGGUGUCGCGCAAGUCGUCACGGCUGCCUGUGCUAGACGAGGAAGACGAGGAGGAUGAGCAGCAGCAGCUGGAGGACAACGAGGAGGACGCGGUGGCGGGGCCCGGCUCUUUGGAGGCGUCGGCAAUGGCGACUCGGACGUCCAGCCAGCUGUCCAUCAUGCAGACGGGGCCGUCGCUGCUUAGCCUGGUCCCAGCAUCCGCGGCGCCAGGCCGCAGCGCCAAGGCGCGCGCCUCCCGGCGCGCGGCGCGCAACGGUCACGCUAGCGGGCGGCUGGGUGGCGCGACAGCUAACGCGGCGGGGCGGGGCAAGGUGGGCAGCAAGGACGGGACCAUGAACUUCCUGGGCAAGGUGGAGUCAUUGUCAACGCUGGACGUGGAGAAGGAACGCGAGGUGACGGCAGUUUGCCGCGACUUCCUGUUCCUGGAGAAGGUGAAGCGGCAGUGCGAGAAGACGCUGCACCGGCCCGCCACGUCUGAGGAGAUUGCGGCGGCCGUGGCCAUGGAUGUCGAGAGCCUGAAGCUCCGCUAUGACGCCGGUCUGAAGGCCAAGGAGCUGCUGCUCAAGUCCAACUACAAGCUGGUCAUGACGGUGUGCAAGUCGUUUGUGGGCAAGGGCCCGCACAUCCAGGACCUGGUGUCGGAGGGCGUCAAGGGCCUGCUCAAGGGCGUGGAAAAGUACGACGCCACCAAGGGCUUCCGCUUCGGCACGUACGCGCACUGGUGGAUCCGCCAGGCCGUGUCGCGCUCGCUGGCGGAGACGGGCCGCGCAGUCAGGCUGCCCAUGCACAUGAUCGAGCAGCUGACGCGGCUCAAGAACCUGUCCGCCAAGCUGCAGACGCAGCUGGCGCGAGAGCCCACGCUGCCCGAGCUGGCCAAGGCGGCUGGUCUGCCUGUGACGCGCGUUCAGAUGCUCAUGGAGACGGCGCGCUCCGCCGCGUCCCUGGACACGCCCAUCGGCGGCAACGAGCUGGGCCCGACCGUGAAGGACUCCGUGGAGGACGAGCGCGAGGCGGCGGACGAGGAGUUUGGCAGCGACAGUCUGCGCAACGACAUGGAGGCGAUGUUGUUGGAGCUGCCGGAGCGCGAGGCGCGCGUGGUGCGGCUGCGCUUCGGGCUGGACGACGGCAAGGAGUGGACGCUGGAGGAGAUUGGAGAGGCGCUGAACGUAACACGCGAGCGCAUCCGUCAGAUUGAGGCCAAGGCGCUGCGCAAGCUGCGUGUGAAGACUAUUGACGUGAGCGGCAAGCUGAUGGAGUACGGCGAGAACCUGGAGAUGCUGAUGGACGGCUCGCGCGAGAUGGCUGCGCGCACCAGCAGCGGCACCCGCAAGACGUAAGCUGGCUGCUGUAGGAGGCGGAGGCGGCAGGAGGCGGAGGCAGCAAUAGGGAUGUCAACAGUAGCUGAGGUAGCGGGUGAUGCGUGGGUUGGUGGCGGUAAUAGCAGCAUGUAGCGUGCAGGCUUGGGCCGGGAAGCUAGAUUCCCGUGAGGUUCUAUGCGCUGGUAGCGAGUGCGUUCAUAGCUAGCCGUCCAUGUCUUGUAGGAUGUAGUCAUUGCAUGAGGUAGCGUGCCACGGGGUCAAAUGUGCCAUCCUGAAUCAGCGGUGCGUUGCUCGCAUAUAAAUGAGAGCAAGAUUGCAGGCCCUGCGCUAUGCCAGGCCGCAGACAGUGUCAGCACUAAGAGAGCGUUAGAGCACCUGAGCGCGGGUAAGGGACACCGUGUAUGUGCUUGUUUAAUCAGGAUACCGUAUGCUAUGGCAUGGGAUCGGUCAGCUGCAAGUGGGAGAUAUAGUGUAUGCACUCACGCCCGGAUUCGAGGGCUGUAUAACAUGAUUGCUGAUUUCUGAAACUAUGCCAAUCCUGAAUUUAGUUUCUCACGAUGGACAUGGGCGGCAGUUGAGACAGAUACGUUCCCGACGAGAAAUUGACCAUCCAUAGCUGCUUUUGUCUGCAGCCAAGUUGCUUUUGCAUGAUGGCUUGUAAAUUCAUGCCGAC